ACGUGGCAGGGGGGAGAAAAAAAGCUGAAGGAGACCCCAAAAUGGGAGCUGUGGGGAAGGGUGCCUCUGUCCUGGGGCCGUCGGAGGUGCUGGGGAGUCCUGCUGGACGGGACCACGCUCCGAGCGGCCAAGCAGCUUUGGCUUCCUUCCAAGAGCAUCUGGCCGGGGAUGGGUUUCCUCCAAAAGACGAAUAAAAAAGGUCAUUCCCAGGUCUUUUUUUGGGGGCUGUGGCUGCGCUGAUGCACUGCGGGGUGCUUGCCAAGGGCAGGCAAGCCGAUGAGGGAACAUCGGGAACAUCAUGGCCCAGCCCAACCCAAAUUUCCCUUCAUUUCAGCCGCCCCUGGGUGCCUGGGAUGGAUAUUUCAGCAACCCCAGAAACGGGACUGCUCCAGGCAGCCUCCUGUCAACCUCAGCUUCCAAGGCAGCAACGACUGCUGCAGCCUUGAUGGAUGCCCAAGAUUAUGCUGCCAACACCAGCGACUACCCCUACGAGUACUUGGACGAGGUGGACUACGUGCAGUAUGGCCUUUGCACCAAAGAAGAGGUGCUUUCCUUCAGCAGGGUGUUCUUGCCGGCUUUUUACACCGUGGUGUUCCUGGUCGGCUUGGCGGGGAACCUUCUGCUCUUUGUUGUCCUCGUUCUGUACAUCAGGAAGAAAAAGAAGAUGACUGAGGUGUAUCUGCUCAACCUGGUGGUUUCAGACUUCUUCUUGCUGCUAACCCUUCCUUUCUGGGCCAUGUACAUUUCCCAGCGGGUGACCUGGGAUAUGCUGUGCCCGUUCUUAAACGCCAUGUACACCAUGAAUUUCUACAGCGGUGUCUUCCUUGUGAGCUGCAUGAGCCUGGACAUGUACCUGCAGAUCAUUGACGCUUGCUCUCCUCGCAGCUUCACGACACAGAGGAAAUCCAUCCUUGUCUUGGUGGCAGUGUGGGUCCUUUCCAUCCUCCUCUCCGUUCCGGAUGGCCUCUUCACCACCACGAAGCACACCAACAACCAAACCAUCGUGUGCACCCGUGAUUAUGGGCAGGAGCACUUAUUUUGGAAAGUAGUCUUUCAGGUCAUCCAAAACGUCCUGGGUUUCCUUUUUCCCCUCCUCUUGAUGGUGUUCUGCUAUUCCCGCAUAGCGUGCGUCCUCACCACGUCGCGGAUGCCCGGCUUGAGGAGAGCCCUCUGCUUCGUCUUCACUCUGGUGGGAGUCUUCUUCGUCCUCUGGUUCCCCUACAACAUCGUCCUCAUCCUCCACUCCCUUCAAGACGUUGGCGUGAUCCGGAGCUGCGAGAGGAGCAGGCAGCUGGACUAUGCCAUUCAGAUCACCGAGAGCUUGGCCUUCGUCCACUGCUGCCUCAACCCCUUGCUCUACGCUUUUGUGAAGAAACGAUUCCGACUGUAUUUGUGGAAGAUCUGCAGGAGAAGCGCUUUUGUUGACAUCCAGACCUCUGAGACAAGCCCCUCUUGCAGCAGGUACGCUGCCCAGCUAGAAAUGCUGAGUAUCACAACGGCGUGAUAAAUAUUUACACUAUUUUAAGUUAUUUUUAUGCCCUCGAUGCUGUAUUUUACUGGUCCUGGCCAUGCGAUGGUGUCGGUGUGAGUCAUGUAGGUAGAAGUGGCAGCCUAGCACCGGCAUCCAGCUGAGGAAUCUCCGCGUUGGGAUUGGAAAACUCUGUGUGGGAUUUGUUUCUGCUGUCACCAAAAUUAUGAAAUGAUCCAAGACGAUUGCCCUAGGUUUGUGCUAGAACAGAGGAAGGCCCCGUGUGAGGUUCGUGAGGCGUUAGUGGGUGAAGGAGCAGCUUGCCUUGGUGCUGUGCACAAUCACACCUGGGGCAGCUUCGCUUCUCCUGGCUUCUGCUGUCUGCCAGGCAGAUGUGUUCGUAGGAUCACAGAAUAAUUUGGGUUGGAAGGGACCUUAAAGGUCAUCUAACCUAGUAGAUCAGGUCGGCCAAGGCCCCAUCCAGCCUGGCCUUGAGCACCUCCAGGUAUGGGACAUUGACCACCUCUCUGGCCAACCUGUGCCAGUUCCUCACCACCCUCUAAGUGAAGAAUUUCUUCCUAAUGUCUAGUCUAAAUCAAUUCUCUUUUAGUUUAAGACCAGUAAGAACCAGGGGGAAAGAGAAAAACCACAGGCUCAGCAGAAUGGCGGUGGAGGUAUUUGCCUUCCUAAGGAUGGGUUAUGACAAGAUAAAAAAGCUCUGUGACCAUCUUUAACACAAGUAUUGGCUUUACAUCACCACAGGGUGACAGCACGGCCUCAGAUAGGCGAGCACGGACAGCUGGUACCAGUCCUUACACCCAGCGUAGCUUUAAAGUUCAAGGUCAUUAGUUUGCUGGCCUUUAUGUAAAAGGUACUGUUUGCUUGUGAACCUUAGCUGAGCUACUUCCAGCCUAGAAAUAAAGUGAAUACAGGAGUUGCAUAGAAUUGUGCAAAUAAAGUUUAUAAUUUAAGACAAAA